CCCGGCAGCGUUUGCGACUGAAAAGAUGCUCUCGUCUUUGCACGUUGACAGCGAGCCGUGUUGUGAAUGCUGCGUUGCUUCCAUUGCAUUGACGUCUUAUUGCAGGACAAACUAGCUGAAAAACGACAAGAUAGGCGGCAACAGGGCCGCCAAGCCUGUCCUGGCGGCAGCUUUUAUUGCGUUAUUAUCAUCAUGUUUUCACGCUUACCUCCCCGGUUACGAUAGCAUACAUUCUCUAACCGUUUAACGUGCGAUUAUCACAGUGCAAUAACAAAUGUAUUACCGCGUUAAAUCCGUGCAUUUAAUGAAACUUAACGGCUGGAACCGCCAAAAAGGUUAGCAAGUUAGCCGGUAAGCUAAAAUGUAAGAAGAUGGCUAGCAUAAUUAGCAUAGCCUAGCAGUAAACAGCUAACCGGCGAGUACAGUACGUUACUGCCACCCAUUGACGCGCUAAAAUGCGACUAAGUUUGAGGGGGAACAAAAACUUUUAAACAAGAUUUUAGAUUGAGAAAGGCUUUAGUGGUUAAUAUAGCUAGUUGCUAAAGUAAACACCAAUCUAUUUAUUAUCCAAACAACACAACAGCUAGAUAGUAUAUAUCUGCAUCAUGAAUCAAUUUAAGUGGACCCCGACUUAAACAAGUUGAAAAACUUAUUCGGGUGUUACCAUUUAGUGGUCAAUUGUACGGAAUAUGUACUUCACUGUGCAAUCUACUAAUAAAAGUUUCAAUCAAUCAAUCAAUCAAAAGCAGCCAGCUUAACUGUCAAUGCAUGCACUCACAUAAAUGUCCCUUUGCCUUUAGUGUAGUCCACAACGUUAACAACCAUGUUGUUACAUUAAAAAACAGGAAAAUCUUUUAUACCUUGUGUUGGUGAAUAUUAGUAGCAUAUUUUUUAAUAGUCUGGGAGAAGUUGUAAACAACAAUCCUUCAUCGGCUUAUGUCCCGGUUGUGCCUUCUCCUUCAGCUGUAUUAUAUGUUGGCUUAGGGAACUUUUUUUCCAAAAAAAGCCAAGUCUUAAAUUAAAUAGUAUAUAUAACAUACAAAUGUUUGAGCAAAAAAUACCUCAAUAGCGCAAAAUAUGUACAAAAAUUAAUAUUCAAUCCAAUUCAAAUCCUUUGCCGUUUUGCCCCCAAAGUCCUUCAUUGUCCUAUGAGUCAAUUAUAUUUGAACAAAACACACCAAUAUUCUCAUCACACUAGUAUAAAUCCAAUACAGAUAAAACCCAAGUAUUGAUAUUUGGAUCCAUCCACCUGUAAAUAGAAACAUCUCAAUAGCUGCAACGUACAUUCCAGCUGUAAAAAGCCUACUUGUGAUUGACAUGUGUUUUUGGUGUGUUUUUUUCCCCCACUUGUACAUGUACACUCCUGAGCAAAAUCUUGUGAACAAUAUUAAGAUUAUGAUGAAAGUUAUUGUGUGGGGGGAUAUUAGACUUAGACAAACUUUAAUGAUCCACAAGGGAAAUUGUUCAACACAGUAGCUCAGUUACAAGGAUGGAAAGGACAAUGCAGGUAUAAAUAGACUAAUAUAGCGAUUAAAAAAUCUAACAUAUAUACGAAUAUAUACAUAAUAUGUGUACAGAAUAAUAUAUCUACAGAUAUAUUAUAUAGGGGCAAUAUUAAAAAAAGUACACUUUAUUCACUAACCGUAUUGCAAAAACAAGUACCGUAUUUUUCGGAGUAUAAGUCGCACCUGCCGAAAAUGCAUAAUAAAGAAAGAAAAAAAAACUAUAUAAGUUGCACUGGAGCCCGGCCAAACUAUGAAAAAAACUGUGACUUAUAGUCCGAAAAAUACGGUAACUAAGCAUAAUGCAUGAUAUCCAGUUACAGAAAACACGACAAAACACAAAAUUAUUUAAAUUCAAAUGGUUAAUAUCAUAGUAUACUAAGCCAACAACAGGGAACAUUCAAAUUUCAUGUAUCUGUAUGACAUAGGCUCCAGCACCCCCCGCGAUCCUGAAAGGGACAAGUGGUAGAAAAUGAAUGGAUGCAUGUCUAAAAAAGUACAAAUGAUGGAACAUAUUGAGUAAUGUACUAACAUGAGCAUGUUAAAGAAAAAGGUACAGUACAAGCAGUGAUGUUUACAAGUAAGCCUGGGGGAUAUAUUGAUGUUAUCGAUCUAUUCCAGUUUUUUGUUGCACACUAUUUAAAAAUGAUUCUUUUUCUCCAUACUUUUUGCCCCUCAAAAGCUUCCGCAGCUUGCGCCAUCAACUUACUUACUUCACGGCACACCUACUGUGGCAAAAUAUGGCUAAAGCUAACGAGAGCGAGACGUUUGUUCCAAAGAAAAGAAAAAUGUUGUCAGUACUUUGGUUUUGCUGCAACUGGUGUGGAAGAAAUGACUGCACACUGCAAAAUAUAUUUAAAAAACGUAGCAGCACAACGAACUUAUUCCUGCAUUAGAAACUGAAGUCUCCAGUCGAGUGCGGGAAAUACAACUGUUUACAAGACGGCAAAAACAAACAAACUACGGGCUAAAAAUCAGCCUACUGUGUGAUCAUACCAUGUAUGAUCAGAAAGAAGCACAGUGGAGAACGACCACUAAAGCAGUUGCUCUGCACAAGGCCAAGAUGUGUGAAUGAAAAAGCCUGCGUUUUUACACUUAAGUCUUCUCAAUGUUUUACUUGAUUAUUUUUUUGCAUAGCAUGUUCAAUACAACAUUUUUAUUUACAGAAGUAUUUUAUUCAAGACAGCAGUUUUAUGUUUUCACUUUAUUAAUCUGUUGGAGAUAAUUAUUUAUUUGCAUGCAAUGUGAAAUGCUACAUUUUUGUGAACAGAAGUAUUUUAUUCAACACAGAAGUAUUGCUUCCCACAGGAAGCUCUUAAUUUAGUUCUAUUAAAAUUAUUCAAUAAAAAGUAAACAUUUUGACUGGUUUAAAAAGAACAUCAUUAUUCAAAAUAUAAUUUUGCUAAAAGUAAGAUGCAGUGUUAUUUCAAUCUACUAGUUUUUGAUAAAAUAAACAAACAGCUGGUUUUGAAUUAUUUAUGCAAUUUGUAUUCAAUGGUUUAUUUAAAUGUAAAAUUGCAGCUAUUGAGAUGUUUAAAAAGUAGAGGAAAAAAAUCGUAAAUUAAAUUUUUUGUGAAAAAAAUCAGAGAUAGAAAUUUUAGGCCCAGGCCUAUUUACAAGGUACAAUAAAUCCAAUUGUAAUGUACAGUGUGAGUCCACUUUAUUUGUUGGAUUUAAAGUCUCCAGUGAUGCCUGCAUCUAACUGUACACACAUGAUCCACACUUCGUUGUAUCCAGCCGUCAUGGAGGAUCACGCUGUUCACCAGGCAGAGCACAUGACCACCAUUGAGGCCAGCGCCGUCAGCCAACAGGUGCAUGUGACCACCUUUGGCGACACAUCCAUGAUGAGCGCAGAUGAGGACUCCACUUCCUCGCCUGACGAUGACCCCUACGACGACACGGACAUCCUCAACUCGGCCGGGAACGAUGAGGUGACCGCCCACCUUGCAGCUGCAGGUCCCGUCGGCAUGGCUGCAGCUGCUGCCGUAGCAACUGGCAAGAAAAGGAAGAGGCCUCACAUCUUUGAAUCCAACCCUUCCAUCCGCAAGAGGCAGCAGACACGCCUCCUCAGAAAGCUGAGGGCCACACUGGACGAGUACACUACCCGAGUGGGUCAGCAGGCCAUCGUGUUGUGCGUCUCGCCAUCCAAGCCCAACCCAGUCUUCAAGGUGUUUGGUGCUGCUCCUCUGGAGAAUGUGGUGAGGAAGUACAAAGGCAUGAUGCUGGAGGACCUGGAGAACGCCCUGGCGGAGCAUGCCCCCCCCGGGGGAGAUUUGGCCUCCGAGCUGCCCCCCCUCACCAUUGAUGGCAUCCCUGUCUCUGUGGACAAGAUGACACAGGCCCAGCUCAGAGCCUUUAUCCCGGAGAUGCUGAAAUACUCGACGGGCCGGGGCAAGCCCGGCUGGGGCAAGGAGAGCUGCAAGCCCAUGUGGUGGCCCGAAGAUAUCCCCUGGGCCAACGUGCGCAGUGACGUGCGCUCCGAGGAGCAGAAACAGAGGGUGUCUUGGACGCAAGCGCUGCGGACCAUCGUAAAAAAUUGCUACAAGCAGCACGGUCGUGAGGAUCUGUUAUACGCCUUUGAGGACCAGCAGAUCACCACCACAACCACCCAGCACCACCUAACCACCGCGCAGAGCAUCGCCCACCUGGUGCCGACACAGACGGUGGUGCAGACCAUCAACAACCCCGACGGCACAGUCUCGCUCAUCCAAGUCGGUACGGGCCACACGGUCGCAACGUUGGCCGACGCCUCGGAGCUGCACGUCAACUAUUCCACGGUGGCGGACGGCGAGGUAACAACACGGCAGUCGCAUUGUAAGGACUCUUGGAGACAGGUUCCGAUAAAAAGCGCCUACCGUCUCUUCGAGGUGGAGUCGAACUGGGCCACCCUGCAAGGCGGCGAGAUGACUAUCCAAACCACGCAUGCCUCAGAGGCCACGCAGGCGGUGGCGUCGCUGGCUGAGGCCGCCGUCGCCGCCAGCCACGAAAUUCCAACAGGAGCCACCGUCACGAUGGCGCUCAACAGUGAGGCGGCGGCCCAUGCGGUAGCAACGCUGGCCGAGGCCACCCUCCAAGGCGGGGGUCAGAUCGUCCUGGCCGAGACGGCGGCAGCUGUCGGUGCGCUAGCGGGCGUUCAGGAUGCAACAGGUCUGGUCCAGAUCCCCGUUAGCAUGUACCAGACAGUGGUGACCAGCCUGGCGCAAGGCAACCGGCCCGUGCAGGUUGCCAUGGCGCCGGUGGCGACGCGCAUCGACAGCACGGUGACGCUCAACGGCCAGGCGGUGGAGGUUGUGACCCUGGAGCAGUGAUGCACCCCUCUUACUGUGUACAAAUCGCUUUUCAAUUCCAGCCAUCAUCCUGGGGUUUAGGUAUUUAUUUCCUCUUUAACUUUGAACCAACCAAAACUGCUGAACCUGCACUCCUUUCCUUUGUGCUUGUAAUCAUCAUCACCAUGACGACAAAUUACAGCUCUUUGAUGUGUGCUCAGGAAGUACAGCAAGUCUUUAUUUUUAUGUCGAUGAAUUGCUUAUUUGCAGUAAAGGCGGGCUUACUAUGACUCCAAAAUACAAAAUAUUUUCACGUUUUAGCCUUUCUAUCCAUAAUGUAUUUUGAGCAUUCUUAUUGUUACCAAUCCACUUGUCUGAGUGUUGUACAGAUUGUAAUUCCCUGUGUGGAAUACUUGUCAUGUUUUGUUUACAUGUAACAUUAAAGUUAUAAUAAAAUGAAAAAAACUAAGAUAAUUCAUCUAAGUCACAUUGGGUAACAACAGCUAUUCCAACAAAUUGAUGUCAUUUGCUUGCAUCAUUCAUAUAUAAUAAUAAAUAAUAAAAUACAUCAGCCAACGUAAGAUACGUGCCUACAUGGCAGCCAUCUUAGAGGGGGCCCAUGUUCCGAUUUAAGGCAAUACAAUAUUAUCCAUGUGUCAUAACUUUCUUAAUUCUCAGUUAUUUUUAAUGCAAUUUACUUUAUUAACAAAAAAUGUGCUGUUAAUAGACAUAUGAACUAUUUUCAGUAGGGAUGUCCGAUAAUGGCUUUAUUACGAUAUUGUCCAACUCUUAAUUACCGAUACCGAUAUCAACCGAUACCGAUAUCGACCGAUACCGCUAUAUAUACAGUUGUGAAAUUAACACAUUAUUACGCCUAAUUUGGACAACCAGGUAUGGUGAAGAUAAGGUCCUUUUUUUAAAAAAUAAUAAAAUAAAAUAAGAUAAAUAAAUUUAAAAAAAAUUAUUGAAUAAAAAAGAAAGUAAAACAAUAUAAAAACAGUUACAUAGAAACUAGUAAUUAAUGAAAAUGAGUCAAAUUAACUGUUAAAGGUUAGUACUAUUAGUGGACCAGCAGCACGCAUAAUCAUGUGUGCUUACGGACUGUAUCCCUUGCAGACUGUAUUGUUAUAUAUUGAUAUAUAAUGUAGGAACAAGAAUAUUAAU